AUGGAAGAGAAAAGGCGUAAGCAGAACAUAUCCCGGUCCAGAAGAGCUCAGCUGCAGUUUUCUGUGAGCCUUGUCGACCACUUCCUCCGAGAAGGAAACUUCUCUCAGCAUCUGAGCGCUUCCCCAUCAGGGUUCCUCAACGGUGUACUCGAGUCCCUGACAUCCAAUAUCCUUGACCUGACCAGCAAGGAGGCCCACAGCAGCGGCAAGAAGCUCCUGGACUCAGAGCAUGUGUCCCAGGCAAUACAGAACAACGAAGAGCUUCAUCAAUUCGUCCAAGAUGACAACAAAUCUGUGGUUGACAAGACACCAGAACCCGAUAAGAACUGA